CGUGUUCUCACCCAAUGAAAUGUUAAAAGCAAUUAAAACUUAAGCCACAUCACUUGUGGUUCAACCUGAAAAUGUUGUACUUUAUUCAUGAGGCAGAACAACAGCUACUUUUGGCCAUACCGAUGACUGAUCAUGAUAGCAGUAUGGUCUCUGGACAAAAUGGGGAAUGGAUUAGUGAAACCCAAGCACCUGAGACGAACAGACAGACAUGUGGCAAACCUCUCUAUUGGCUGUGGUGGCAACCGUAAGUUUUUGAAGGACCCAGGGCUAGGCAUCAAUGUGACCAGCGAGCAAGCUGAUAUUCUUUGCAGCAGGGUGCUUGAAUUGGAAAAGGAACUGAAGAGAAAAGACCUAGAGUUGCAAGAGGGUCAAAGUUGUGUUGCUGAGCUUCAGGAACAGCUGGCUAUGCAGGCUAAGGUCAUAGCAGAACUCACCAAGGAGCUUCACAGCAAGUGUAUACAGUUGAACAAGCUGCAGGAUGUUGUUAGCACUCAAGGAGAGCACUCUCUUCAGCCUUCUCCUUUUAAAGCAGCUUCAAGGAUUCAAAUAUCUGCUGACAGGAGAAGAGGAGCCAAGGAAGGUGUAUCUGCAGAGCCGACGACACGGCUGUAUGAUUUGAACAGGCAAAUUACGUUCUCCUUGGAAAAAGCAACAGUCCGAAAGGAUUCCAGUGAGAAGAAACUUAUCACAGAUGCCCUGAAUAAAAAUCAGUUCUUGAAGAGACUGGAGCCUCACCAGAUCCGGGAUAUGGUGGAAUGUAUGUAUGAAAGGACUUUCCAGCAAGGGAGCUAUGUCAUCAGACAGGGAGAGCCAGGCAAUCACAUUUUUGUGCUCAAAGAGGGCAGCCUGGAGGUCUUUCAGCAGGAUAAACUACUCUCCUCAAUACCUGUGUGGACGGCAUUUGGUGAACUAGCCAUUUUAUACAACUGCACACGGACAGCCUCUGUGAAAGCAAUCACCAGUGUUAAAACAUGGGCAUUGGACAGAGAAGUGUUUCAAAAUAUCAUGAGAGUGACAGCACAAACAAGACAAGAGCAAUACAGAAACUUCCUUAGAAGCGUGUCCUUGCUGAAAAACUUACCUGAGGAUAAGUUGACCAAGAUCAUAGACUGCCUGGAGGUGGAGUACUAUGAAAAGGGAGAUUAUGUUAUUCGGGAAGGAGAAGAAGGCAAUACCUUCUUCAUAAUAGCAAAAGGAAAGGUAAUAGUUACCCAGAGUACUGCAGAUCAUUCGCAGCCUCAGCUGAUUAAAAAUCUCCAUAAAGGAGAUUACUUUGGAGAAAAGGCUCUGAUCAGUGAUGAUGUCAGAUCAGCAAAUGUUAUUGCAGAUGAAUACAAUGUGGAGUGCCUCGUUAUAGAUAGAGAGACAUUUAAUCAAACUGUUGGAACUUACGAGGAGCUCCAAACUUAUCUGGAAGGUUAUGUGGCUAAUCUGACCCGUGCUGAUGAAAAGCGACAUGCAAAAGGAAGAUCCUUCUGCGGACAGUUGGCCAAAGACGUGUCUUUGGAGAUGAUAGAGCUGAAGGAAAAAGUAGCCCAGUUCCCUCCUUCCCCAUUCCAGAAUUUAGAAGUUAUCACAACUCUGGGUGUUGGUGGGUUCGGAAGGGUUGAGCUUGUUAAAGUGAAAAAUGAGGACAUGGCUUUUGCUAUGAAGCGUAUAAAGAAGAAACACGUAGUGGACACCAAACAACAAGAACAUAUCUAUUCUGAGAAGAAAAUCCUUGAGCAGAUAUGUUCUCCAUUCAUUGUAAAACUAUAUCGCACAUUCAAAGAUAGUAAGUAUGUGUACAUGCUACUGGAGGCUUGCCUCGGAGGGGAAUUGUGGAGCUUGCUGAGAGACAGAGGCAGCUUUGAUGAAGCCACUACAAAGUUCUGUGUUGGGUGUGUGACAGAGGCUUUUGACUAUCUCCAUCACAUAGGGAUUAUCUACAGAGACCUGAAGCCAGAAAAUUUAAUUUUGGAUGCUGAAGGCUAUAUAAAACUGGUUGAUUUUGGAUUUGCAAAGAAGAUUGGAUCAGGGCAGAAAACCUGGACAUUUUGUGGAACCCCCGAGUAUGUUGCCCCUGAAGUCAUUCUGAGUAAGGGCCAUGACUUCAGUGUGGAUUUUUGGUCCCUUGGGAUUCUUGUGUAUGAACUCCUUACUGGCAGCCCACCAUUUUCUGGGGCCGAUCAAAUGAUGACAUAUAAUUUGAUUCUCAAAGGCAUUGAAAAGCUGGAUUUUCCUAAGGUAAUAACAAGGCGGCCUGAGGAUUUGAUCCGCAGACUCUGCAGGCAAAACCCUACAGAAAGAUUAGGCAACCUGAGGAAUGGAAUUAAUGACAUUAAGAAGCAUAGGUGGUUGAGUGGUUUUAACUGGGAUGGUCUGAAAGUGAGGAAAUUAAUAUCACCUUUAAAAAGAGAGCUGUCUGGACCAACUGAUCACAGCUACUUUGACAGCUAUCCACCCGAAGAGGGAACCCCUCCAGAUGAACUUUCAGGCUGGGACAAGGAUUUCUGAUGUUUUCUUUUUCCAGGGUAUUUAUAGGAACUCAUAGGCAUCAGUUCUAAACUUGCUCUUUGUUUCUUGCUUAAAAUGCAAUUACUCAAGGUUUGUGACAAACAAAAUAUUCCUUGAAGGAUAUACAGUGCAGCAGAACUUGCUUGGAUAGUGUAACAAAAUCUGUGUGCAUCUCUUUUUAACAAGGGCAUGCAUUCAGUCCACCAUUGUAACCUGAAGGUUUUUUGAUACAUACUGUCUCUGUGCACAUUUUCAGGCACUAUGGAUCAGAGGUAUGGUUUUACCAUUGGAAGUAUCACUAGCUAAUAUUUUGAUAUUAACAAGGUUACCAUAUGUCUUUAUUUUGAAUAGAGAGAAUGAGUAUUGGAAGCGGAUAACUCUGUGGCAAUUGCCAGCAUCUGACAGGCGUGUAUUUUUCACUUUAUCUUACAUCUACUGUGUAUUUCGCUUUUUCCCAUAAUGGCCAAUAUUGCAUUGAUCCAGAAACAUGUAGAAAAGAGACUUUUACUGCAAGGUUGAUUUGGUCUGAUGCUGCAGCUUAAAGGAAGCUUAAAACUGUGGAAGCUGCCUCUCAGUCUAGUUUUGCACCAGGUUGAAUGUAUGAGCAAGGUUAAAUGAAGAUACAGCAAGAAACAAGGUGUAUAUAUAUGUCAGAAGUUUCCUGGAGAAGCAGACUGUAGUAUGUUUUUCCCUCACUGCUUCAAAAAGCCAUGUCCAUUUCUUAUGACUUAUCCAAGCUGGGUGAUGGAGAAAGUGCCAUAGGGAUUCCAUGGUUUGUUCAUUGGUUACAGUUAGCUUUUACUGCUGGGUGGCCAGUGCUUUGACAGCAAAUCAUUUUUUUAUGUAACAUUCAGUCCAACUAAAGGCAGUGGAAUAGUCUCAAUUUAAUUCAAUGAAAGCCAGAUUUAGCCCUGUUUUGUUUCCCUGCCUGGUUGUAAACUUCUGUGGAAACUUGCAGCCAGCAAAACCUGUGCAAAAUGGUCAUCAGCAUACACAGACAGGGAGGAGCAGAGGCUGUAAGCUGGGACUGCAGGUCCUUUAAACAGUUGCAACUAACUCUGUUUAGCAAU